AUGUAACCCAAAAUACGCCGCUUGGGGAAGCUCUUCAUUUCCCUAUAAAUUCGCACCGAGAAGCCCAAGUUUGAAAUCGUAGCGCUUGGCAUUGGGUCCAUUACUCUUCAAGCAACCACAGACUCUAGGGUUAAACACUCUCUCCCCCUCUCUUCCUUCCCAGCUUGAAAGAAAUGGAGACCUUCCUAUUCACCUCUGAAUCAGUGAACGAGGGGCACCCAGACAAGCUCUGUGACCAGAUCUCUGAUGCGGUACUUGACGCUUGCCUAGCACAGGACGCUGAGAGCAAGGUGGCCUGUGAGACCUGCACCAAGACCAACAUGGUCAUGGUGUUCGGAGAGAUCACAACCAAGGCCAACGUGGACUACGAGAAAAUCGUGCGUGACACAUGCCGAGCCAUUGGGUUUGUUUCGGAGGAUGUGGGACUGGACGCCGACAACUGCAAGGUCCUUGUCAACAUUGAGCAGCAGAGCCCUGACAUUGCUCAGGGUGUCCAUGGCCACCUCACCAAGCGGCCUGAGGAGAUUGGUGCUGGAGACCAGGGCCACAUGUUUGGCUAUGCAACAGACGAGACCCCUGAGUUGAUGCCUUUGAGCCAUGUGCUUGCAACCAAGCUUGGCGCUCGGCUCACUGAGGUCCGCAAGAAUGGCACAUGCCCAUGGCUUAGGCCAGAUGGGAAAACCCAAGUCACUGUUGAGUAUUACAAUGACAAGGGCGCAAUGGUUCCUGUUCGUGUUCACACUGUGCUCAUCUCUACUCAGCAUGAUGAGACUGUUACUAAUGAUGAGAUUGCGGCUGAUCUCAAAGAGCAUGUGAUCAAGCCUGUGGUUCCUGAGAAGUACCUCGACGAGAAGACCAUCUUCCACCUUAACCCAUCUGGGCGUUUUGUCAUUGGUGGUCCUCAUGGUGAUGCUGGCCUCACUGGGCGUAAGAUCAUUAUUGACACAUAUGGUGGAUGGGGUGCUCAUGGUGGUGGCGCAUUUUCUGGUAAGGAUCCAACUAAGGUGGAUAGGAGUGGUGCUUACAUUGUCAGGCAGGCUGCAAAGAGCAUUGUGGCAAGUGGACUUGCCAGGAGGUGCAUUGUGCAAGUCUCUUAUGCCAUUGGAGUUCCCGAGCCUUUGUCGGUGUUUGUUGACACUUAUGGUACCGGAAAGAUUCCCGACAAAGAGAUCCUCAAGAUUGUGAAGGAGAACUUUGAUUUCAGGCCUGGUAUGAUCGCCAUUAACCUUGAUCUCAAGAGGGGUGGCAAUGGCAGGUUCUUGAAGACCGCUGCUUAUGGGCAUUUUGGCAGGGAUGAUUCUGACUUCACAUGGGAGGUGGUGAAGCCCCUUAAGUGGGAGAAGGGCCAAGCUUGAUUAAGGCCUUGUCAUUUAUAUCCAAGAUAUAAUUAACCCUAUUUUAUUAUUUGCUUCUGCUCUGGAAAGCAGGAGUUUGCCUGUUGGCUCUUCCUAUGCAUGUGUUCUUUUGUUUUUAUUAUAUUUCAUGUGUUCUUUCGGAAGAUAAUGUUAGUCUUUUUAUGAGGGUUAUUGGAAAUCAUAAACGAAUGGAAAGCUAUUGUUGGAGUUGUAUUGUAAUUGCUGGCAGCCGGAAAGAGAUUAAUAUAUGAAAGAGAAUGGUUGAAUGGUUGGUUGCAACUUGGCAGCAGAGCUGCAUCAA